UUGUUCCGUCAUUCAUCAUCGUCGUUGUGGUGCGUCACGUCGCGUGUGCGAGAGUCUCCGAGAGCUGCUGGCCGUGCCAAUCCGGCGUGUCGGUGUGCGUGUUUGUGUGCGUUUUUUCCUCCGUUUGUGGAAGAGUUGCGAGAAAGAGAGCGAGAGAGAGUGUGAGGGCAAAAAACGGGAAAACCGACGGCGAUUGAUUCGAGUCGAGGCCUGCUGAUUAUUUAGAAGUCAUUUUCCGGGAAAAUCUGCGUGGGUGAAUUUUCCUUGUCCAAGACGCGCGCGGUUGUUUUUGCUUCUCGUUUGCAAAAGUGAAACGGAAAAAAUCGACUGUCAGUCGGUAGAGCGAGAGAAAGAGAGAGAGAGAGAGAGGGAGAGAGCCAAAAGUUAUCAGCCGAAAAAUCGUUUGAUUUCGUUCUAAACGCCAGGAUUUCGUGUAAAAUCCAGUUUUCCGGAAAACUCGUCGCGUUCCAGCUGGAGAAUUCGUGUCGAAAACCGUGAAUCUGCCCGUAAAUUUCCAAUCCCGCCGCGGUUUGACCGUGAAAAGGAAGAAAAACCACGAGGAAGAAAUUUCCGGAUUGACAGUGUGUGUGCGCGGAAAUUGCAUUUUCCAGACGUCAACGAAAAUCAUUGGAUUUUUCCUCGAGUCCCCAUCCAUAAGAUCGUGUGCGGUGAGGAGUAUUUUUCUGAAUAACGCUCAAACAUGAAUAAAGCAGCCACGGACACGCGUUGUCUAAUUUCACCCCGGAUACGCCACAUGGAGCAACCACUUUGACCGGUUGGAGUCCUCCAGAAGCAGCAGCAACAGCAGAAGUAGGAGAGCAGAAGCAUUAGCCGAGAAAGUUCAACAGCAGCAGCAUUUGUAAAGACAACCAACAAACAACCCAACAACAAUCUACACACACACACACAGUCACACAUUCGGAAUCAGCAACAACAACAGAGAGAUACCCAUUAGAAUUCCCCCCUCACCCUCCCCACUCGUGUGGAGUUUUAACUGAACUAGUUUUGCUCCUGGGGCCAUCUCGUUUGGCACUCCCAGGGUCCGGGCGAUCCUCCAAAAGCCACCUUCCGUUUUGCGUUUGUGCAGAACCGGCUGAACAGCACCACUCACUUUCACAAGAAGGGCGGCAGUCGACGCGGCUUCUUCCACCAACCUAAACCCCCCACAAACGAUGGCUGUUUUUACAAAACUCUGCUUACCCGAUAUUGUCAAAUUAAAACGCUAGUUAGUAAAGCCUUUGUCCGUCCCCGAUUUCGAGGAGGUCACGCUAAGAAUUUACUAAUUUUAACGUUUUUUAGGUACAAUAUCAGUUACUUUACACGGUUUUUACUUAACGGUUAAGUCUUUUGUCAAGCCACUUUUUUAUUUAAUUAUCAUAGAAAGUACACUCGUAAGAUUUAAUAAUAUAAAUAAUUAAUAAUUUUCUUACUAGAAUUUUAACGAGUACUGUUUUUUUUGGAUACCAUAGUGCUACCCUUAAAGUACUUGAGUUUGCAGAUAUCAAUUUUACACACUUUUUUCAUAAAAAAGCUAGAGCAAGUGCGCACUAAUUUGUACCGUGUCUAGAGUGUUUCGCCUCGAUAAUUGUUGGAGAAGUAUCUCGAAAGUUUAAAAAAAAAGAAGUUAAAACUCCACUGAUUCCCAUUUCGAAUAUCCUCUUUCACUCGUGAGCGCGCAAAGAACGCAAACAAAUCUCUCUCAGCGCUCGAUUCGAAAGAAAGAAAAGCAGAAAAGCAGACAAGAUGGAGCCAUUCUCAGCGGAUAUUUUGUGGCUCGUCAUACUGGGCUUUGUGAUCGCGUUUAUUUUGGCGUUCGGAAUUGGAGCGAACGAUGUGGCCAACUCGUUCGGCACCAGCGUCGGGUCGGGCGUGCUGACCAUCCGGCAGGCCUGCUGGUUGGCGACGAUCUGCGAGGUGUCCGGAGCGGUGCUUAUAGGGUACAAAGUGUCGGACACGAUGCGGAAAGGCAUCCUGGACGUCGAGAUGUACAAGGGAACCGAGCAGGAACUAAUGCUGGGCUGCCUGUCGGCGCUGGCCAGUUCCGCGCUGUGGCUGCUGGUGGCGACGUUCUUCAAGCUGCCCAUCUCCGGCACGCACAGCAUCGUCGGUUCCACGAUCGGAUUCAGCCUGGUGGCCCGCGGCAUGCAGGGACUCAAGUGGAGCACGCUCGGAACGAUCGUUGGCUCGUGGUUCAUCUCGCCGGUGCUGAGUGGAAUGAUGAGCGUUACGCUGUUUUGGCUGAUUCGGAAGUUUAUUUUGUGCGCCAAGAACCCGCUGAAGGCCGGGUUGCGCUCGUUGCCCCUGUUCUAUGGUGUUACGCUGGCGGUUAACAUCUUCAGCAUUGUGCACGAUGGACCGAAAUUGCUCUACAUGGAUAACAUCCCGACCUGGGUGGCGCUGGUCACCAGUGUUUCGCUGGGAUUGAUCAUUGCCGUGCUCGUUCAGCUGUUUAUCGUGCCGUGGCAGAAGAAGAAGAUUCUGAACCAGGACAAGACGACCAAGACGGAGUUUAUGGUCGGAGACUCGGACUGCGAUUCGUCCUCGAACGGAAGCCCACGACGCCCGAAGCGUCCGCUGUCGCUGGUCGGUGACGGAAAGACGCUGCCGGCGAUCACCGAGACGACCGAGCUGGUUUCGCUGUCGUCGCAGCACCAAAACAACGGACUGAUCAAGAAAUUCUCGAUCGACCUGUCGCCGAACGCCAUCAAGGGCAACAACAAUCCGAACCCGUACAAAAUCGACCCGCGCAUCGUGCAAAAGGCGGAAAACCUGCUGGCCGCCAACAAGACCAGCCUGGACAACACCGAUCUUACGAUCACCAGCCUGAACUACAUCGACGAGUACCAGAACGGACAUGGUCGGAUCGCGCUCAACUCGUACUUUGAUCGCCGGAACAGCAACAACGUUUCGCCCAAAUCGCCGGACUCGGUUACGCUCAGCAACGGAGUAAAAGACGCGUCGACCAUCGUCCAGAACGGUCGAUCGCCCACCAGUCCCAAGAGUGACAGCACGCUGCCAAUCGCCGACUACACGCUCGCGCCGCCCAACAUCUUGAACAACAGCAGCGGCACCGCCACCGGAAACGAUCUGAAGAAGGACAUUGGCAAGAUCGAGAAUGCCGCCGGGUUGGACCACUCGCUCAUCAGUACGACGCUGUCGCCCAACUCGAGCAAGGUGCCGCUGAUCGGGGGAAAGGACGGAAGUGAAGACGGGCGAGCGCAGCAGGCGGUCGAGGAAAGCGAGGACGUUUCGGCGUUGUUUUCGUUCCUGCAGGUGCUGACGGCCACGUUCGGAAGCUUCGCGCACGGUGGUAACGAUGUGAGUAACGCGAUCGGCCCGCUGAUAGCGCUGUUCAUGAUCUACCGCGAGGGCUCGGUGCUGCAAAAGUCGGAAACGCCGCUGGCGAUCCUGCUGUACGGCGGCGUCGGCAUCUCCGUCGGGCUGUGGCUGUGGGGCCGCCGCGUCAUCGAGACGAUCGGCAACGACCUCACCAAGAUUACCCCGUCGACUGGCUUCACCAUCGAAAUCGGUGCGGCGUUCACGGUGCUGCUCGCGUCCAAGAUCGGUCUGCCCAUCUCGACGACGCACUGCAAGGUCGGUUCGGUGGUGUUUGUGGGCCAGGCCAGCGCCCCGAAGAAGCUGUCGGCGGACGAGGAGAAGGCACUGAAGUUGCGCAGUCCGCACGAGCAUCAUCACUACGCGACUGGGCAGCAGAAGGCCGUCGACUGGGGCCUGUUCCGGAACAUUGUGUACGCGUGGGUGGUGACGGUGCCGGUGGCUGCGCUGCUGAGUGCCGCGUUUAUGUACGCGCUGUGUGCGAUCGUGUUGUAAGAAGGAGGAGGAGAAGCGGCCAAGAGGAAGGAAGGACAUCCCGAAGGAGUUUCUUCAGAUUGAGUUGUUGGUUCGUUUUUUUUUUUAAAAUCAGGAUUAUUUUCAGGAAGCGGUUUUAGGAGUGCAUGAGAUGUUGAAAGUUUUGUUUUUUUUUACCGUAGGAAUACAGAGUCUUUGAAAGAUGAAAACACACAUACACCCACACACACUCAAACACAUACGUUUUUGUAUAAUGAUGUUAGGAAAACGACUGUUUAGGUUUCCCUAUCGAAACGCGAACGCGAUUGCUUUUAGGUUUUACUCUGUGUACUUAAAAUGGAGUCGAUUUGAAUACAUUUGUUGCUGGUCUCAAAGUUUGUGCACACACAAAACUUACAACCCACACUCACACACACACACACACAGAACUCUUUCUCUCUUCUGUAGACGAGGAGAAAUAAAUGUUUGAAAGCCAUGAUUAGUGAAGUAACAUUACAACAAAAAAAAAACAAUAAUUAAUUUUUAAGUGUAAAAUCUCAAACAACAAAAGUGAUAACGAAAAAAA